UUGUGAAUUUUUGAGUGACUCCCUUGUGGACAUUCAAGGUCUCGCGAGAAGACUUUUUCUUAAGUCACGUGAUCUAAAUAAAGGAUUCUUUGGCGGCUAGCUCUGAAAAGUUUAAACAGCAGCAUGGAGCAGAUGACGGCGGCUGUGGGACGUAAACUCAGCACAUGUGAGCCCCUGCAGACAUCAGAUCUACCUGAGAACCUGCAGUGUGUCCAGUGUUUCAUUACCUUCCGAGAUGCCAAAGCCAAGGAGAGACACACGAGGAAGUAUCACGGGGAGCAGUACAAGCAGCAUCUGCAGCAGACUAAUACACUGUUCAUUUGCUACAAAUGUGAUAGGUACUUCGUCCACCCGGAGGAGCUCAGCCAGCAUCAGCAGACUCAUGCAGCAGAUGAAAAGCCCUUCCUCUGUACGUACUGCCAAAAACCCUUUUCUCUCUUUUCUGAGUUUAGCAAACACAAACGCUAUGAGUGCACACUAAGAGGACGCUUCUGCAGAGACUGUAAUACUUUGUUUCCUGGUCCUUCUGCACUUCGCCGUCAUCGAAAGGCCGUCCACUCGGGUCACCCUGAUAGGGCGGGCGGCGACACCCUCCAGUGCUCCAUGUCGAACCGAUGCUUUCCAACAGAGGAGGGGCUGUUACCGCAAGAGGAAUUUGCUCAUUUUCUUAGCUGUGAUUAUUCAGUCAAUGACUGUGAUGCCGACCCACAAGACAAAAGCCAAAGCUCUGAACGCCAGUGUGGAAUAAGUGAUGAAGAGUUGAAUUAUGAAGAAAUCCAGCAAAAAGGUGGACCAGCAGAACGGGAAAGAAGCGAGGACUCUGAUGGAUCUGCAUCCGCGGAGCUCAGAAUUCCCUGUCCUGCUGCAGACUGUGAUUGCACGUUUCCCUCUGUUGAAGCUCUGAGAAUACACAGGAAAAACCAUCACGGACCCCCCCUUCAGAAAGGCCUCUGCUCUGAAUGUCCCAAAUGUGGAAAGACUUUUGCCAGACAGAGUGCCCUAAAAACUCACCAGACUUUCCAUUGUCGGGUUAAGAAAAGAUUCAAGAAAAGAUAAUGUUAGAAAGAAAAAGCAUCUGUGUCCUUAUAUUAUUCAUUAAAUAUUUGGCUCCAUAGAGCAACAUUUUC